AUGAGCAUGCUCCAGGAGAUAGGGGUGAAGGCAGAGCUUCAGGGGGACAAGAUCAGGGUGGAGGCAGAGCUACAGGGGGACAAGAUCGGGGUGAAGGCAGAGCUACAGGGAGACAAGAUCGGGGUGAAGGCAGAGCUUCAGGGGGACAAGAUCGGGGUGAAGGCAGAGCUACAGGGAGACAAGAUCGGGGUGGAGGCAGAGCUACAGGGAGACAAGAUCGUGGUCAGGCCUCCUGAUAUAGAUACAGAUAACUUGUAUUGUUUGUUUAAGCCGCACUCAGCAACAUUCCAGCUUUAUGACAGUGGUCUGUAAAUAAUGGAGAUUGGCCCAGACAAUCCACUGAUUGACCUCAUGAACAUCGAUCCAUGCAAUUGAGAUACAAUGACAUGCAUUAACCAAGUCAGCAAGCCUGACCACCCGAUGCUGUUAGUCGCAUGAGUUGCUGAAAAUCAGGACUGGCAGAUAAGACAGUAUUGGUUCUACAGAAUGUGAAACCUGCUUGUUACACUGAUGAUAAGGUGAUGUAAACAGGACUGUAACCCCCAUGCUUGGCAUUGAAUGCGAUUUGGUUAGGUGCUCACCACGAUGGUUGUUUUAGAGGAAUUCUGCACAACCGAUGCCCAUCAACAGAGACUGAAUGCAUACCUCUAUGGGUUGUUACACACAUUGAACAAUCCCUAUUCCCAACUUGAGAGAAGACUGUGGCUAUUGUAUUGUCAUCAUGUGCUGAAGAUGCCAUUCUUGCUGGCAGGAGCCUUAGGAGGACAAUAGUUGAUGUAAAAAUCUGAGAUGUCAAAUGUAGAAUUGUCAAUGAAAACAUAAUCUGCUGUCACAUUGCCGUGUGACCGAGAUGAAGCUGUAACAGUCAUGUAUUUGUAUUAUCCUAUCCCUCUCAACUGAUACUUCCUGUUAUGAAACAACAAUAAACAUUGAUAAUACAA